UUCCAGCGACGCAGAGCAGCUAGCUACUUAUAAUCACGGGUUUGUAGCCCGGCUGCUUGUCUACAAGGUGCACUGCAGGUCAUUUUGUGUUAUGAGAUACAGAACAACGUUAUAUAUCCGUAUAAACUGUAUACAGAUAGAUAUGUUCAAUGAAACGAGGUGUUUGUUGGACGUGAGCGCUAACUAGCUGAGCGAGCAGCGGCUCGGUGGUUUGAAUCCUGGAACCGUCAGACCAAAGCGAGAGGAGCGUGCGUGAAACAACACGUGUCGUUAAUGAGACAAUCAAGUGUAAGGGGCUGCCGACACAGAUGCGUCUCAUCUCAAAAGGUGCUGUGCUUCAUGGACUGAUUCACACGUGUUGGAAGCAGCUCCUGCAUCCUGACAGCCCUCCUUUCACUAACAGGCCUGGAUUGGGUUACACGUGUCCGUCAGAUGGCGUUCUGCCUGGCUGAGCUGCACUUGUGGUCCACCAAGAGCUCGCUUAACGUUAAAGAUACAGAUAUUGGCACCUAUCAGUACUACGAUAAAGGAGAGCCAGCCCAUUCCCAGGAACAUCACUACUACAAUGAGAAACUCAAUUUCUGUGAAGCUCGGGGCUAUUCGUGGACCCCCAGGAACCGCCGACCAGAAAAGCUACGCGAUUCGCUGAAGGAGUUAGAGGAGCUGUUGCAGAGCGACACCUGCGUUCACAUCCGAUGGAGAAGCAAGUACUGCUGCCAGGUGAUGCUGAGCAGUGGAGUGGUGGUCACUCUGACCUUGACUGGACCUCAGCUUGAACAUGUGUGUAUAGACCGCACACUAGUGGGCCGACUACCAGCCAACACGGUGACUGAUGCUGUGCUGAGUGAUCGACUGAUUCUGCUGUCCUUCCUGGAGCAGAGCCAGGUGGCUGCGGUCUACCUGAACAAAAAGAACCAGGAUGCUGUGGAGACUGGCGCGCGAACAGACAAACUCUCACCUUCUGAAAUCAAGGUGAUGUGUGCGGAGGUGAGUGGGAUGGACAGAAGACUCCACCGACAUGUGGAUGUCAACCGUCUCCAGGAUUUGGCACUGUGCUGGUGGAAACGGGACGAUCCCAGUGAAGACGCGUGGCCAUGGACUUCUGCAGACAAACACAGAAAUAACCUCGUCUUGAUCAGCUGCUCACCGGCUGAAGGCUUGAAGGUCGUUACGUCUGUCCAGACGGAGGGCAGUCCCCUGGAGUGCCGUUUCAGCCAGCUCCAGCACUACCAGAUCCUAACAGUGGAAUUACCUGCACAACCUCAGGGCUUCAGAGAAGGCUCCUGUGCCAACAGCUGUGUGUAUGAAUGUACGCGAGGGCGCUUGCAAUGCCUGUCUGUCACACGCAUCCCACUGCCCUCCCACCCUGUCUCCUGCUCUCGUCACCCCUCCGAGACUACGCUUCUCCUGGGCUUGAAGGACUCGUCCCUCGUCCUUUACGACCAGAGACGAGGGGUCUCGCUCCUGGCGUCCUGUCCUGUGACACCCACUCUCCUCAGCUGGCACCCUGCCGGCAGUGUUGUCAUGGUAGCGGGUGGACAGGAAGAACUGAUGUGCUUUGACACAGGUUUGGCACCUGUGAGCUUGGCACUGGUUGCGGAGGAGGUGGCCCCGGCCGCCACGUUGAGACUAGACCAACACCUGCGCUGCUCUGGAGGCCUGGGCGGCCUGCAGUGGACGGCUGGAGCUGCAGCCACUGCAGAUAUGCUGACACUGGUCUUUAACGGAGGACCACUAGCGGCCUUGAGAUUAAGACUAGGGAGUCUGACGGGGGGGCAGCUGGGUCAGGUGGAGCUGCUGCAGCAGAGACUGCGCUGUGGUCAGGUCAGAGAAGCGCUGGGCGUCCUGGAGGCCAUGGACUGGAGCACCAUGGGAGACGAGUGCUAUCGGGGCUUGAGCUCAGUCACCAACCACUUGCUGAAGCUGCCGCUGAAUCUGGAGAGGGAAGCCCAGCUGGAAGCAUCUCUGGGUGUGUUUUACGCCCCACCUGCCCCUCUCUCUGAUACAGUGAUAUUUGAGUACAAGGAGCCAAUCAGCCGGUAUGCCCGACGCUUUUUUCACCACCUCCUGAGGCAUGAGCGUUUGGAGAAGGCCUUCCUACUUGCUGUAGAUUUAGAAUGUAGAGAUUUAUUCAUGGACCUCCAUUAUGUUGCCAGUGAUAAGGGCGAGCUGGUGCUAGCGGAUGUGGCCAAGAGGAAAGCUAAUGAAAUCGAGGCCAUGACCAUUGCAGGCAACGAGGACCUUCUGGGGGGAAACCGUGGUGUGUGUGGUUCCGUCUGCAGUGACAGACAGACGGAGAGGAACCAAAGUGCAUCCGGCCCUUCACAUUCAGACAAGUUCACACCACGCGCUGAUGGAAGGACCAAUCAGAGGAUAGCUCAGGCAGAGCCCAUACAUGUGACCGUCAGUCCGGAUGUUUUCAGGAACCUCAAACAAACAGGUGGUGGGAGAGGCAACACAGAUAGAGGAAACGAUGAUGAAGACCCAGGGAUGCUCCAUGUGGUUCAUUUAGGAAUGGUUUAACAAAUAUAACCAUCAUAAGAUUUUAUUAAUCCCAAUGGGAGACUGGAGAAACACAGCGUCUCACUAAUAGCAGCCUCCAUUCUCACUUUCAUCACAUCCCAACUGAUAACUUCCCAAGAAUACUGUAUAAUCUCUUGACAGAUCUAGAAAUCUCAUUGUGACCACCCACAGAUGUAAAACAGUGUGAAUAUAAUUUAAACGCCUUUAUUCUUUAGACCUCUGAUAGCUGCCCGAGAAAUUAUUGAACAAUAAUUCAGUUAUUUGAAUGUAGUAUGAAACAAAUGAUCCUGAAAAGAAACUAUUACACCGGAUUCUGCCAUUAAAAGCAUUACAGCAAUAUAAAUCUGCCAUUAAUCACCCUGAAAAAAUAAAUAUAUCACCACACUGAUAUUGGGUGUUGCAGGCUCUCUCUGCAUGUGUGUUCGUGCUGCGUACAUGUGUGUGUUGGCCGAGAUUACGGCCGCAGUUUUAUUCAUGAACAGGAGCCAACCAGCGACUUUAAAGCAUCGCGCAGAGCCCCUUUCCUGAACAGCAGCCAUAGUCAUGUCAGAGCUGUCGACGCGCUGCGCUCACCGACUAAUCUGACAGCGCCGCACGAGCCCUAAUCCCUCACUGUAUCGUAAUCUAUUUACUUUGCAUUCUAAGAGGAU